AUGGUUGAGACACAGGGCCUUAGCCUAUCCAAUGGAUGGGCCAACGCAUUACUAUGCCUUUCCAUUAUAUUCGCAGUUACCACAACUGCAUCUAUUAUUCUUCGGUUGGUCGCAAAGAGGAAGAAUCGACAACAAUUGACUGGAGAGGACUAUACCAUUUUCCUGGCCCAGGUAAGUUUGUUUUGUAACGAUUGAUGAUCCCCAACUUACAGGAGUAGUUUUUCCUAUAUGUUUUGAUAGUGUUAUCAAUAAUGGGUAAGUACAAUGAUAAAUAUGUGUAGGUUCUCAAGAUAGCAGCUGACUUUCAAUAGCAAUAUUCUUUGGGGGUGUAGGUCAUCAUACAUACGAUUUACCAGAAUCUAUGGUUCCCACGUUCGUAAAAGUAAGUUUGAUAUCGGUCAAUUCUCUCCAUGUCUAUCAUAAUUGACAGCAUUCUAGAUUCUCUUAGCGAUUAGAGUUACACAUACAGUGACAGUCUCCCUCGUCAAGAUCUCUAUCUGUCUUUUCUACACCAGAAUAUUUUUCACCAACGGCUUCGCUGUGGCAAGUCGAACAGCAAUCGGUAUCAUUCUCACCUGGAUGAUUGCCACUAUCAUGGCUUUCUUUCUUAUUUGUACUCCGCUUCCCUUCUACUGGGACCCUACUAUAAUUGGUGGCAAGUGUGGAAAUCAGAGAGCGGCAUUUACUACUAUAGGCACGGUCGAUCUAAUCACCGAUGUUAUUGUAUUCAUGCUUCCUAUUCCUAUAAUCUGGCGUCUGCAGAUCUCAAAAGACAAUAAGGUGGCAUUAUCGGGUGUUUUUGGACUCGGACUAAGGUAAUUCUCGCCAUUUCUUUGACAUGAAGCUUUUGCUGAUCAAGUGUUUCUAGUACUGUCAUUAUUUGUAUCCUUAGGGUCAUGACGCUUGUUCGUGUAGACCAAGACGUGACAUACUCAGCAGCCCCACCUCUACUCUGGAGUUUCCUGGAACCCGCUGUGGGCAUCACAGUAGCCUGCGGGCCACUAGUUGGACCAUUGUUACGGGGAGGACGGUGGGUCAAGGGCGAAACUACCAAAGGCUCUCGAACAGGAGGAAGUUCUGCGCGCUUUGAGCGGAUUGAUGAGCCGCAGCAUCGGCUGCAGAGCAUUCAUGCUCAACAUGGGAAAAGUGCUCCGACUCUUAGUCCUAUGGGGAAUGUUACGGGGGUUACGGGUGGUGCUGGUGAUACGAGAUUGGUUUCUUCGUCGAGGAAGAGUAAGCAGGAGAAUCCUGGGGGGUUGAAGUCUGGAUUUGAUGUUUGAUGUAAUGCUUUGUUUCAACUUUUGUAUAUAAUAUCUUACUUCUAGUGAUCGGGGGUGGGACGCUUCCUCCUGAAUUAUUUGGUGAUGGUGGGGAGGCUUUUGGUUCUUUACACUAUCUUGAUUGGGCGGGUUGGUGCGCCUUUUAGUCACAGAGGUUCAUAAUGUUCAUACAUAUGAGUGGUUUUAGUUGUUACUUAUUCCGAAGGUCAUC